AUGGCCCGGUCCUCGAGUCCUCCGAUUCUUUCCCAGAUCCUCAGCGCGAGGAGCUAUAUCGAACAGACAAGUGCGCUGCGGGCCCUCAAGAAUGACAUUGUUGGCCAUGCGCAAAAGAAGGAGCAGUGGGCUCGGCGCGGCGUGUUGGAACCCAUCGUCAAGAUACUCAAUGCUGCCCGGUCACCAGCCAAGGUGAAUGGCAAGGACGGUGCCCCCCAUGCCAGCCCGCGAUCGAUAAGUGAGGAGGAGACCGUAAGGUUCCAGGCUCUCCAGCUUCUGGCAAGCUUCGCCAAUGGAGGAACUGCGUUUGUCGAGCCAAUCCUGGCUGCCGGUGCCCUACCUGCUUUGCUAGCGAACGUCUGCCCGAUUUCGAAUGCUCCCUUGCUCGUUACCACGGCCCUCCGCGCGCUGCUCAACAUCGUCGAGUCUUCUGCACUUGCAACGCCCGACUCGCCAGUGGAUACACAGGCCUUGGCCGAGGCCGUCUUUGCGCCCGAACACAUCGAGUCUUUGAAUGCGAUAUUGUCAGGCGCGUCUAACACCGCGGCACAACAGACCCAGAUCGCGUUGGUAGCGAACAUAAUCAGUAAACUUUGUCGAGAGGAGAGGCAUCAGCUUGCCCUGGCGAAUUCUGAUGUUCUCGACUCACUCGCAACAAGACUGGCGAGUAUCGCUGUUGGCCAAGGGCAUGUUAUUCCAUACGCUGAAGUAUUCGGGCGAGUGGAUCACACGUCUGAUUUCUUCCCCGAACCGGAACCUUCGACUUCUAAUUUGGUACCUAUCUUGGAGGCUUUAGCUACCAUCAUUUCGGACUCACGCUUCAGGGCUUGUAUGCUUUUGUGCUCUCCGGCCAUUAUGGCUAUUUUCCCGUCUCUGAAAUUCACACCGUCCAAGGAGAUUCGAGCUCCUUGGAACUCGCUCGAAAUCGGCGGCCUCGGGUAUGCGCGCCAGCAAAGUCUUAGUGCUAUGGAUUAUCUCCUUCCUGCUAUUCCAAUACUCCAGGGGCGACUCUCUGGCUCUCAGCAGUCACGUUUUCCCUCUCUGGGAGUUUCCGAUGCCCGAGAGCGCGCCCGCUCUGCGGCGAGCAAGUACAGUUCAACUGCGUCAGUUUGGGAGGCUUCACGGUUUGAGCUGUUUGGCAACGAAGGUGAACCCGAGGAGGAUCAGGAGACUCCACUCAUCCCAUGGCUCAUUCUCUUGGUCAGGACACGUCAGAACGUGGAACGAUUGAUGGCCGCCAACCUUCUGACAACGCUCUUCAGAUCCGGUUUUGGCAGCAAGCAUCUAAGAGAAACCAGUCUCGGCCUCCUCGUGGUCCCUGUGCUUAUGGACAUGCUAGAUCAACUUCAGGCAUCGCCACCAGUGGUUAUGUCUCCUUUGGUUGACGCGGACACGGCUAUGAAAUGGACGAUCCUGGAGCGGACACCGGCGAUACUGGCUCGCAUGAUCACGGAUAGCGAACACCUCCAGAAAGCGGCCUAUGAUUGCGGCGCUGUCAAGUCCUUCAGCAAGCUUCUGAAAGAUGCGUAUGAGCCGAUUCCACCGUCAGCGUACGCUAAGUUAUGGUCACCCCAGGCGGACACGGGCAUGGACUUGGAAAGUACCUAUCCGACGUGUGCCCUAGGGCCAGAAGGACAACCUCCGCUCCUGGCGCACAAAGUAAGAAUGCGUGAAAGCGCACUCAAGGCGAUUGGAGCACUUGCGGCGGGCAAGGACGAGUAUCGCAAAGCCUUUGUUGAACAGGACGUCGUAGCCCAUAUUGUUCAGUCGCUUUCGCCGACACCUGGAAAGCCCUCAAAUCCAAAGGAUCGUUCGAAGAAUAGCGAGCCAGAUGGACUUGUACCCGACGCCUCUGCAUCAGAUCAUAACUCUGGAUACGGAAGCAAUCCCCUGUCUGUGCUGAUUGCUGGCUGUCAUGCAGUCAGAAUGCUGUCGCGUUCCGUGAGUAUUUUGAGGACUUCCCUGGUCGAUUACGCAGUCGCCGUCCCCCUAUACCGUUUCCUCAGGCACCCGAACGUGGACGUCCAAAUUGCUGCAACCGCUGCGAUUUGCAAUUUGGUCACCGAAGUCCUGGCCGACAAGGGCGUAAUGAAAAUAUUGUGUGAGCACGCACACUCGCUCAACGCUGCGUUACGACUCAACGCUCUAUGGGCAUUGAAGCACUUCGUCCAUGCCGUUGAUCCCGAGACCAAAAAGCAAUGUCUAGAGGAGCUUGAAUCCGGUUGGCUCGUGCAGCUCAUUUGCGAUGAUACCGAGGACGAUGCACUGUUCCUCGCGAGGUCAAAGAUGGACAAGCAGAAUGCUAUAGACGUCGGCGACGACAUGGACGGCGAUGUGGAGAUGGAUCAGCCGGAUUCAUUAUCUCGGUCUUGGUUGAGCUCCAGCAUCCCACCACAAGACGUGGAUGGGAAGCGUCCCGCUAAGUUCCGGCAAACAGAAGCCAGGCUAGCAGCCUUGCGCGAGGCUGAACUCAACCCACUCAGAAAAGCACGGAAUGACGAUCUCGCCAUCCAGGAGCAGGGACUUGAUUUCAUCAGAAACCUGAUCGGGGCGGCUGGUUCUGGCUCUAGCACAGAGUCGGCGAACGAGACCACGGAGAUGAUUGACUACCUGUUCAGCGAGCUUGGGCAGGACAGGUUCUUCGACAUACUGGCCAGAAAACUUCAGGCUAAGGUCCUCCAUCCCACGUCGAGACGCGCGGUAGGAUCUGCCGCGGGACGCGAGGCCCGAGUGCUCUACCCUCAGGCAAAGAUCAUCGAAGCAGUUGUAUUCAUUCUGGUUCAUAUGGCUGCGAGUAUCCCAAAGCAUCGGCAGCUGGUGAUCGCCCAGACAGAUCUGCUCAAACUCCUUGCGAACCAUUUUAACAGCAAGGACAAGGAAGUACGGGUGGCUCUCUGCCAUCUGAUCAGCAACCUGACAUGGCAGGAUGAUGAGAGCGAUGCGCGCGCAUGCGCGCAGAGAGCUUACGAGCUGAAGAAAUUAGGUUUCCUUACCAAACUUGAGGGCUUAGAGGACGACUGUGAACUAGACGUGAGGGAAAGGGCUAAGAGCGCUGUUUGGCAAAUGAAGCAGGUCAGCAGUUAUUAG